GGUGUUGAACUGAGGCUUUUAUCAGAAUUUGGAGUUUUUGAUCUGCAACUCGCAGGCAUCUUCAUGGCAGCUGAGGUGUACAGCGUAACAUGACAUCUACUCAGCCAUACAGGAAUACUGACUAUCACUUGGUGCAAUGUUGAAGCGGUAUAUCGCCAUUUUCUCUACUCAUUGUCUUACCUAUGCAAAAGUUAUAUAAACUUCAGAAUCACCACUCUCGGAUCAAACCCAACUCUCCAACCUUCAACCUCCUACUCAACUCAUCUUCAAGCAAACAAAUCUACAAAUCUUUUGCAAUUUGCACUGCCAGUUAUCGACUUUCGAACUUCCAGACCAAUUUCAAACCAGUCCUCAUCAACUACCUCCAAACAAGAUGGCCACUGGUAUCACAGUAACCAACAAGUCCACCACGGAUAUUUCCGUCAGUGUCACAUACGACGGAACCGACUUUCAAAAGGGAGGAAGCGAACAGUGGUUUACUCUUAAAGCCAACGGGGGAUCCGACACCUGGAAUUACAGGGCCGGCAAUCAGAUAGCCAGAGUCGCUAGAAGCCAGACAAGCGGGACACCGGUUGAGUCUUACCUUGCUGUGCCAGGCCAAACUAUCAACAUCUAUUAAUUGUAGAUUACUGGUGGCAGCUUUUUCACUUCCUUUGAUGGAAUGAAAGAGCAGGAGUGUCACACCUACGAUUAAACGAGAUGGUUCAUCACAGUAACUUAGCUAUAUGCCAGAUUGAAUAAGAUAUAGCAACAUAACCCAACA